UCCAUCCAUUCACACUGAAAUUGUCUCUUCUUCCCGCUGCAAUAAAAAAUAUAAUUUUAAUCGUAAUAUAAAUUACACUUUUUUCUGCUUUUAGAACGUAAAACACUGAUUCUCCUCGAGCAGAAAGUACGGAAUUAAAAAAUUAAUAUUAAUAAGUUAGUUACGCGCGAAUUACCGUUAAUGUGAUCAAUUCAGAGAGAAAAAAUGCAUCGAAUGAUAUAUUUGCUGUUCGUUACAACUUUUGCUGUUUCUCAAGGGGCAAUUGUUCGAAAAUGGCAUUGUGAUAACAAAUUUUGUGUUCCCGUUUUGUUGGAAGACGGCGUAACGCAAAAUACAUCGCUGCACGAGUCACAAGAGCUAUGUAGACUUGUUUGUGGCAAAAAUCGCGGCUUGUGGCCCGUUCCGUAUGAAAUUGUCGAAUUGAGUGACAAUUAUAUUACUUUUAGCAUGGAAAAAGUGAGUUUCGAUUUCCAAGGAGUUUCUUCAACUUUACAUCCCUUAUUGACAAAAAUGACGGAAAUCUUCAAGCGACAAAUGAGACUUUCAUAUAAAAAUCUCAGAAAUGCUCGAGAAUCUAAUUCUGUUGAUGGUCGUGGCUUAUCAAUUUUCUUCAACGUGAGCAAUUCAAGCGAUAUUCUAAACUGGAAUACAAACGAAAGUUACAUUCUUGAUGUAAAAAGUGCAGAUACGAAAAAUAUUUUAGCUGAAAUCACGUCUGAAACGAUUUUCGGAGCAAGACACGCUUUAGAGACCUUAUCACAACUCAUCGCUUCCCAAUCAAAUGACGAUGGUUUAGUAAUUUUAUCUAAAGCUCUCAUCCGGGACAAACCUCUUUACAAACAUCGUGGCUUAUUACUCGAUACUUCGCGUAAUUUCCUGCCUUUAAGACACAUUCGACAAACGAUCAUGGCAAUGGGUGCUGCCAAACUGAAUGUUUUCCAUUGGCAUCUUACAGAUGCGCAAAGUUUUCCUUUUGAGGUUUCGAGAAGACCGGAAAUGACGCAAUAUGGCUCUUAUUCACCCGAAAAAGUUUAUCGCUUCGUGGAUGUAAGAAAAAUUAUUGAAUUUGCGAAAUUGCAUGGCGUUCAGGUUUUACUUGAAAUUGACGCUCCUGCCCAUGCUGGGCUUGGAUGGCAAUGGGGAGUCGAAAAAGGACUCGGAGAACUCGCAGUUUGUGUCGCAAAGGAGCCAUGGAGAAACUUUUGCAUUCAACCUCCAUGUGGACAAUUGAAUCCCGUGAAUCCCAAUGUGAGUCUCGUGAUGAGAGAUAUUUAUCAAGAUUUGGUCGAUGUCAAUCCAGGUCAAGUAAAUUUCCAUAUGGGAGGCGAUGAAGUGCAUUUCGGAUGUUGGAACAGUUCGAAAACGAUAAUUGAAAGCAUGAACACACGUGAAAUUAAACGAAAUACAGAAGGAUUUCUGCAGUUAUGGAGUGAUUUUCAGCAACGGAUGCUCGAAACGUACGAUUCGCUCGUUGCGGGAGCUCCAAAAGUCAUUUUAUGGUCCAGUGACUUGACAAAUCCGAAUAAUAUUCAGAAAUAUUUGUCGCCGGAACGGUAUGUCAUCCAAACGUGGGUCGAAUCUGAAAUGAGUUUGAACAAAGAAUUACUUGAAAAAGGAUAUCAGUUGAUAAUUUCGACGAAAAAUGCGUGGUAUUUCGAUCAUGGAUUCUGGGGCACAACUUCCUUCUACAACUGGAAAAAAGUUUAUGCGAACAAAAUUUUAGCUGAUGAAGGAGUUCUUGGAGGCGAAGGCUGUAUGUGGGGCGAAUUCGUGAACCAAAAUUCACUUCAUGCUCGAGUAUGGCCCCGAGCAGCUGCUCUUGCAGAAAGACUUUGGUCUGAUCCAAUAAAGUUCGAUAAAGAUGAAGUUGAGACACGUUUGAAUGCGUUCACGAAGAGAAUUACUGCUUUGGGACUCACGCCAGAUGCGAUAAGGCCUGAAUGGUGUCUCAUGAACGAAGGAAAAUGCCCAAAUUAUCAUCCGUAAAAUAUUUUUUCUCCUGUAAAAUAAUGUGAGGAGUACUGAAAUGUGCAAAAAAUAGCCGGGUUGUUAUCAGUUCCAGAGUCACAGGGUAAAAAUGGGGGCAUUUUAUUAAAGGAAGUUUAAUUUCUAAAAAAUUUGAACAGUUUUUCACUGAACUUAUUUCAUUUAACGUUCAAAAGCUACAAAUACAAAUUUUAAAAAUAUUUUUUUAAAAUUUCGAAUUUUUAAAAUAUUUUUUUAAAAUUUU